AUGGGCGCCUUUUACGAGGGUGAAACAUAUGGGCCUCCCCCGGGUGCCGGGUUUCCUUGUUACUACCAACUCAUCUGUCCGGAGCUCGAUCAACACUAUACACUUCACAUGUACGAACACGACACCCCAAGGUUAUUUGACCGGAAAGACGAGUACUGGUUUCACAAUAUGUUUGUAAAGCGAGACGUGGAACGUGUCCAGCACUUCUAUCCACCCAGUGGAGACCUCUUCGAGCGCCUGCCAAACGAAAUUAUUGACCAGAUCUUCGAUUACAUCCUACUUCGCGUAGAGGUUGACUGGGAAGCACUCGGCUAUGAACGCUGGAAUAGGCGCCCCUCAGUGCAAGAGUUCAAUCGGGAAGACUUCCUUGCACUAUGCCUCUCGUCCGCUCGUUUAUGGCCACUCGCCUUGGCCCGUAUAUAUCGGUCCUAUCAGAAAGCCAACUGGGUAGGCAAAAAGGUUGGGUUCCACUUCGAGCGGUCGAAGCUCACCGCGGCACAAAUGCGGAACUAUGGUAUCGAAGACACUCCUGUCAUGAUCAGUGGACGUCAGCAAAUGAGGUCGCAGCAGAAUGUUGGAGAUCAGGGAUGGGACAAGACAUGGAACCAUUUCAGGUGUCGGCCAGAAAAUGAUUGGUGCUCUCUCAUGCGCCCCAUGCGUGGAUACACAGCCGGCCGAGGAUUGAAGAUGGCAAAGUAUGAGCUGACGUUAAGACCGGGGGAUCGGGACAAGAUCGAGCGGGAUGUUGGUCGGGCCAAUCUACGAGUCACAGACAGAGACUGGGUGCUUCGCAACAUCACGACUAGACAAUACGUACGUUCGGAUCAGUUGCAAGAGCCACCCUCUCCAGCACCAGAUUGGGACUCACUACCCAAGUUCCACGAGCCAGUACUUCCCAAGAUGCAACGCAUCUACCGCGAGCUGUCGGAACAAGUGAGAAGAGUUUCGGUGAACAAACCGCGACCACUACCGGAGAGCGACCAAGCGCUUACAUUGGCGAACAUAUUCUUGGUUCUCACAUGUAGCAACCCAGAUUGUCCUUCCCCAGGACAAGCCUUCAACUUCUCAAAUGGCCCAUGGGCUGGGUGCGCAUUUGAAGUUGUUUCACUGGACGACCAUCUGCAGUCUCAGCAACAAGUGUUAGAGUUCAAAGAACAAUCAGGCGAGGCAUGGGUGAACGUCAGUAAAGAGGUGGUUGCGGAUGUCGCCAACUUGCGUUUUUGCAUUCGCAGGUUGCAGGAGAUGAGGCAUCAGGGUCACGAGCGGUAUUUCCGCAGCCACGACCCAGCAGUCAACAAAGCAUACUGGGACAACUUCUGGAACAAGAUCGAGAUGACAAGAAAGCUACAUCGGCAGUGGGUGAGGACGUCACCAACACAAGGCACACCCGCAACACCACUUACCCUCGGCGGUGAAACCGGCACCCUCACCAAAAAGCCCCCCACCAAGAAACAACUCCUCGCGAGCUCAAAGCGGCUUGGACGCAAAAGACUAGCGCUAAAGCGGGUGUUGGAGAAGAAGAAGAAAGACAUGGAGGAGAAGGGGAAGAGGACGUUUGGAAUGGGGCAAAGGAUCAGGCUGUUGAGUCAGCUUGGUCCGGCUGGGGAGUUGGAAGUGUUGGAAGGGAGGAGGUUGGUGCCUGCGCAGCGGAAGAUUACGAGCCCGGAGGCUAUGAGGGCGAAGAGGGAGGGGGAGAGAGUGGGCAGAAGUCCGUUGAGGGAGAUGUGGUGA